CCAUGGCACUGCAAACAAGAGAACAAGAGACGGGAGAGAGCCCAGAGCUGAGCCGAGCUGCGGCCACAUCACAUCCAUGACCACAUCCACAUCCAUGACCACGGCUCCCCCGCGGAGAGGAGCCCUGAGGAGCUCUCCUUUGGGUGAGAAACCGGAGAAUAAAGGGGAACCAUAGCAAAGGCUACAAAAAGAGACAGGAUUCAGCGAAACCAAAAACUAACAUUCAACAGUUUGCCAGCCUAAAAUCAAACACGACAGAGUUCCCUGCAACAUGUCUGUGCAGUCCAACAGCCGUUCAACCUUAUUGCAAGAAACCCGCAGUGAUGAAGCAGUUCCUGGGUCAAGAUUGUCAUCUGCACAUACAAUGUCAACAUCUAAAAGUCUCUUUUCCAAAACUGGAACGGAAUCCCAGCUUGUGGUGCCAGAAAGCCCAGAAAAGGAUGAAGAAAAAAUAAAGAAAAACCCAUUUGCAGUUCCUCCAGAUUUUGAUAUAUUCACAAUAAGGGAUAAGGAAAGACAAAAGGCUCGGGAGGAACGUGAAAGGAUGAAGACCAUGAAAAUCCAUGAGAAAAUCACUUACUCCACUAAAGUAAAAGCAAAGCAAAAAGGGUUAAGGCAAGCUCUGCAACAGGAGGAAAAGGAGGUGGCUGGAAAACAGGCAACAAAUGAAGAGAGACUGAAAGCUCUUCAGGAGAGUCUUUUACGGGAGAUAGCCUCUAAAAAAGAUUACCCAGUAGAAAAGGAGACCUUCCGUGACUACGUACAUGACAGGAGAGAGAUAUUUUUACUUGAGUAUGGCAUAACAGUAAAGCAAGAGGAGAUUCAAAGGCUGGAGAAGAUAGCGAAGAAUGAGGAAAGGAAACUGAAAAAGGCUGAAUACCACCUGAAUAAGGAUGCUGCCAUUUUUGAAGAGUUCCUGAAGGAAGACCAGAAAAUCUGUGUUCAAACUCUGAAAAUGGGUGCAAAAGAAGCUGAAAAGAAGACAAAGAAAAUAUCAGAGAUCCAGGCUGUCACUUCCCAAAUUGAGAACCUCCAAAGUGAUAUAUCCCAAUUCACGAUCGACCUGCAGGAGUACGAGAUGUACAGGAACUUCCUCCAUCAACUCUCUCUCAAAGAGUGGCAGGGGGAACACAGCAAAAGGUACACAAGCACGAGGGAUGUGAAAACAGCACCCAAUGCUAGAGAAGGAGGUGCCUCACCUCCCAUCACUGCAGAGCAGGGCCAGGAUGGGAUAGCCGGGACAGAUGCUGUCAGUCCCUGCAGUACCAAUAAUAUGGAUGUGCCAAGUUUCCUGCUGUCUUCAAAGACUUUGACUGUCAAAUCCUUGCGGGAGAUCAAGCCACAGCUCAUAAACUUCCUAAAGCCUCUGUCAAAGAGGAAAAUGAUUUCACUGGAGGUUGCAGAAACCGAAAGCAGCUCGGACAAAGAUGAGGUCAGGAGUCUCAUGGACCCCGAGUUGUACUUUACUGAUCCACAACAACUGCUGUCUUUUUUCACGGAGAUGAAGGAUGAGAACUUGUCCUUCAUCCAGAAAUCCCAGGAGACAGAGGAAAGUCUGGACAAAGUUCAAAAGAUUUUCAUCACCACGCAUGAAAGCAUGGAGAAGGAGUUAGCAGAGCUGAAAGAAGAGGUGGCCACCCUCAAGUCCUCCAUCGCCAAGGAAGAAGAGAGAGCAGCAGAUAUGAAGCUCAAAGCUCACCUCUUUUCCUCUGGAGAAUGCAAAGCUGAUGACCAGGACAACGUUCUUGCAAGCCUGAGCAAGAAGGUGCAGGAAGUCUAUUGCCAGUGCACUGGGGAAAGUGAGGGAAACCUGCAGACAGUGCAGAUGCUAAUGGUGUUAGAGAAACAGCUCAACGAUUUACUGGACAUCCUGGAGAGAAUCCCACCAGAAAAGAUAGAACACGUGAAGAAACUCAAGGAAAAAGAAAGGAGGUUAAAGCUCAGAGAGGAAAAGAUGAGGCAACAGGAGCAGCAGCAGGAGGAAAGAUUGAAAAAGGCCCUGGAAAGGUCGAAAGCAGCUGUGGAAAUGAAGACCAGCAAGAGGCUGAUGUUUCGCUCCGUCCUACCUCCCAAGAAGCCAAAAAGAAAGCCCAGACAAGAAGAAACAGAUCAGGAGAAGGAGGAACAACUCUAUUACUUCACCUGACAGCACAGCCUCACCCACAGCGUGCAGGGCUGAUGCUGCUCUAAGUUUUUCAUAGAUCUACAUGCUUGCUCAGUUGAUCACUUCUCCUACCCCAAGAUCCCAGGAGAAGGUGCUAUGUCAGAGCUUCUUUUCCCCUCUACUGAUCUUUCACCUAAAUAAAUGAAUUUAAAUUGUCA